AUGGAUGAUCUUCUUCAACGUCUUAAAGAUCUCAUCUCUUCUCUUGAUGGUGAAAAAGAGGGGGAGAAAGAGCUACAUGUUGUUGAGGAACCUGCCGCUAAUGUUGAAGCUGUUGUUGCCGUUGAAACUGAGGCUCCUCAAUCCUUAAUCCCUCAGUCUAAGGAUGCCGUCACUUUCUAUGACGCUGAAGCUAAGGAUGAUGAUGAUGUCUUCAUAGCUCCUAUUGAUGAUGAAGACCUUCCUAUCACCUCUACAGCUAAUGCUGGUGAUGAGGAAAGGGAGGAAGACGAUGAUGAAGAAGAUGAAGACCUUCCCUUGCCUGAUGCUGGACAAGACUUAGGUGAUGAUGAUGAUGAUGAAGACGAUGAUCACGACGAAUUCACCAUUCAAUAA